AUGUUUGAACACUUUACCGCGUGGCACAUCCCACCUCUCCUCGUGGCCACUGCCACCACCUUCGGAGGAUUGAUGCCAUUCUGGAACGCUGCCUAUGCCAUCGAAGAAUUCGGGCUGCCAAAGCGCAUUGCAGUCUCCAAGGAAGCCCAGGCAAUCAUGAUUACCGCCUCGGGUCGAACCACAGCACUUGGUCUCGCGCUUUUCACCUUCUACCUCCAAGACAAAUUCCGCGAAGUCGACACGAUCAUGUUCAUUCUAGGCUAUCUCGGCCUCGUCGAUGGGUAUGUGUGCUGGCGUGAGGGUGUACCGGGGAAAGCAGUCUUUCGGACCGUCUCUGGGCUGUUGAUCGCGGCAUGGGGAUGGUUCAGCAUGACCAGUUAG